AUGACAAAAUUCCUAUCCAAAUUCAGAGGCCUCUCGCUGCCAGGAAACCCGAUUCCUCAUGCAUCGGUCAACGUCCAAAUCUCCGGCGUACACGAAAAGGUUUUGGAAAUAGACUUCUGCCUAAGUUCUAAUCCCACUUGGAAUGAAAACUCACCUAGAGUUUUUGUCAAGAAGGGAGCUCUGGUCUCAUUUAUCAUAAAACAUCGAUACUCUUAUAAACUUCGCAAGACUAUCAUUGCAACAUCGCCACAGUUUCCAGUACAACAACUUCUGGAAUGUCAGCAAAAUCAAGGGGCAGACCAAAGUGAGCUUCCUACGAACAAGGUGAGCGUAGCAUCUUUAAGUCCAGAUCUCAGUAGCAGUAUCUGCUAG